AUGUCCCCCCUGCUCCCAGCCCCCUGUUCCAAGCCCCCUGCUCCCAGCCCCCUGUUCCAAGCCCCCUGCUCUCAGCCCCCUGCUCCCAGCCCCCUUUUCCCAGCCCCCUGCUCCCAGCCCCCUUUUCCCAGCCCCCUACUCCCAUCCCCCUUUUCCCAGCCCCCUGCUCCCAGCCCCCUACUCCCAUCCCCCUUUUCCCAGCCCCCUGCUCCCAGCCCCCUGUUCCAAGCCCCCUUUUCCCAGCCCCCUGCUCCCAGCCCCCUGUUCCAAGCCCCCUGCCCCCUGCUCCCAGCCCCCUGCUCCCAGCCCCCUGCUCCCAGCCCCCUGCUCCCAUCCCCCUGUUCCCAGCCCCCUGCUCCCAGCCCCCUGUUCCAAGCCCCCUGCUCCCAGCCCCCUACUCCCAGUCCACUGCUCCCAUCCCCCUGCUCCAAGCAUGUGUUUUAG